AUGCAUCUGCAAGAUGCAUUAAGAGAUCGCUUUGUGUGCGGGCUGAAAACGGAGUCAAUGCAGAAACGGUUACUGACGGAAGCGCCUCUCACGUUCCAGAAGGCAGUGGAGAUUGCAGUGUCUGUGGAAACGGCUGCGAGGGAAUCUCAACAGUUAAGUGGCUCUUUGAAAGUGAAUGCACUGUCCCUGCAAGAGAAAGAAGGAUGCAAGUGCUACCGUUGUGGAAGAACAAACCACAAUGAGAAAGACUGUUACUAUAAAGAGCUGCAGUGCCACAACUGUGACGUGAUCCUGAAAACGUAUACUGGAGAGGUGGUGUCGCCACUAGGGGUCAUAGAAGUCAAAGUGAAAAUGAACAAACAAAAAGCGAAAUUACCACUUUAUGUCGUGGAAGGAACCGCCCUACCACUAUUCGGCAGAGAGUGGCUCAAGAAAAUCAAGCUGAGCUGGCGUGAAAUUAAGAGCCCGAAGGUUGAGGUCGAAAUAAAUCAUCUAGUGGAGCUAGGGGUCAUCUCCCCUGUGACAUGCAGCGAAUGGGCAACGCCGAUCGUGCCAGUUGUAAAAAGGAAUGGAGAUGUGAGGAUUUGUGGAGAUUUUAAGGUAACAGUGAAUCCGGCCCUCUGUGUUGAGCGGUACCCAAUUCCACGAAUAGAGGAUUUAUUCGCAUCAUUAGCAGGGGGCCAACGCUUCACCAAAUUAGAUCUCUCAAAUGCGUACCUAAAAGUUCCUGUGGCAGAAAGCUCACGUCAGUGCCUCACAAUCACCACUUCAAAGGGGCUGUUCUGUUACAAUCGUUUACCAUUUGGUAUUGCUUCGGCCCCUGCAAUCUUUCAAAGGGCCAUGGAUCAGAUUUUACAAGGCCUUCCCAAUGUUCAUUGCUAUCUAGACGAUAUAUUAGUGACUGGGUCAAAUGACGAGCAACAUCUCAAGAAUGUAGACGCAGUCCUCAGUCGUCUGAAUGAGUUUGGGCUAUAUGUCCAACGUGAGAAAUGUGAAGACUCGCUGGAGUAUUUAGGGCACAUCAUAGAUGCUCAGGGUCUUCAUAAGUCACCAGAAAAGGUCAGGGCAAUCGUGGAUGCGCCUGCACCAAAGGACGUCAGCCAACUUUGUUCAUUUUUGGGACUUAUAAACUAUUACAGUCGAUUCAUCCCUAACCUCACAUUAGUGUUAGCACCCCUUAAUGCUCUUCUGUGCAAAGGAAAGCAGUGGCUGUGGUCUCAUGAGUGUGAGGAUGCAUUCGACAAGGCGAAAAAAUUCUUGCUGUCACAGAGCGUUUUGACACAUUACAAUCCACAGUUACCAGUCAGACUGGCCUGUGAUGCAUCGCCAUACGGUGUUGGAGCCGUCAUCUCACACAUACUCCCAGACGGGCUGGAAAGGCCAACAGCCUUUGCCUCAAGAACACUGAGCAAAGCGGAGCAAAACUAUGCUCAAAUUGAAAGGGAGGCACUUGGAAUUGUCUUUGGAGUAAGGAAAUUCUACCAAUAUCUGUAUGGGCAAAAGUUUACAUUGCUCACAGACCACCAUCCGCUGACAACAAUCUUCAGUCCAACAAAAGCCAUUCCAUCCAUGGCGGCAGCUCGGAUGCAGCGCUGGGCUUUGUUGUUGGCAGCCUAUGAUUAUGAUAUCCAGUAUAGAGACGGUGCACACCACUGUAAUGCAGAUGGGUUAUCACGACUACCUCUGCCAACCGCAGCUCAAGUCAAGCUGGAUACGGUGGAGUUGCUUCAAGUAAAGCAUCUUGAUUCCUUACCAGUGCUGUGUUCAGAUGUUUGUAAAGAAACAAGAUCUGACUCCACUAUGCCACAAGUAAUGGAGAUGGUGGCAACUGGACAUUUUUCACAAGUCACAGAUACAAACAAUGUGCUUGGCCCAUAUGUGAACAGGAAGGAUGAACUGACUAUGCAACAGGGUUGCCUCAUGUGGGGUUGGAGAGUGGUCAUCCCACCUAAGCUGAGAUCCAGGGUACUGGCAGAGCUGCACACUGGACAUCCGGGUGUCGUAAGGAUGAAGGCAGUUGCUCGUAGUUAUGUCUGGUGGCCUGGUAUUGAUGCUCAAAUUGAACAAUUGUCAAAAACCUGUCACUCAUGCCAGCAGACACACAAAGCUCCUGGUCCCUCACCAUUACACCCUUGGAAAUGGCCAGAGUCACCUUGGCAUCGCAUACAUGUGGACUUUGCAGGUCCAUUUGAAGGACACACGUACUUAGUAGUGGUGGAUGCUCACUCCAAGUGGCCCGAGGUGUGUGUGAUGGAAUCAACUACAUCUACCAAGACCAUUCAGGUACUGAGGGGACUGUUUAGUCGUUAUGGACUCCCAGAAGUGCUCGUUAGUGACAACGGGCCUCAGUUCACUUCGGAUGAGUUCCAGACAUUUCUCAAGGCUAAUGGAGUGACACAUACACGUUCAGCACCUUUUCACCCAGCUACAAACGGCUUGGCUGAGCGCUUGGUUCAGACAUUUAAGCGCGCACUACGUUGUUCUAAGGGGUCAACUUCAAUUCAACAAAGGCUGGACACCUUUCUACUGGCGUACCGAAACACCCCACACGCCACCACAAAGGAAUCGCCUGCCAUGUUGUUUCUGCACCGCAGAUUGCGAUGUCGCUUAGAUAUGUUGAAAGCCAAUGUUGCCUCUGAGGUUGAAAAAGCACAAAGCAAACUGUGCCAGCAAUGUCAAGUGCAUGCUAAAGACAGAACAUUUGCUGUGGGUGACAAAGUACUAGUUCGUGAUUAUCGGAGGGGAAAGAAGUGGACACUGGUGUUGUUUCAGCAAAGAUGGGCCCUGUAUCAUACACUGUCGAUGUGGGACUUUCAGUUCACUGGAGGCGUCAUGUUGAUCAGAUGUUGGCACGUCUAUCUGACUGUGACAAUGCAGAUGAGACUGGACCAGAGGUCAGUGAUGUUCCUGAGGGGAAUCUGA